UUUCUGUUCUCUCUCAUGCCAUUGUAUGUUAUCCAUGAUGUUGAUGAACUACUCGACGUCAUCUCGUGAAAUUAGUCUCAUUGAUUUUAUUGCUAUUAGUUUCAUAAUGGUGAAUGUCAGUUUUUUUUGGCUUCACUGUAACUACUGCGGUAGUCUUGGUAUUUUGCUGCAUCAUGCAUUGUAGUUGGGGCUUCAGUAGAUUUUUUGAUUAUGCAGCCGUUUCGAUAACCGAUAUGAUCUGAAGGAACUAUUUGAACCAGUUCUUCUGUAUACCAUAAUCCAGAGUACCUAACCUCGCUAAUUAACUUUUAUACCUCUGCUUAAGGCAUAAGUACUUAAACUGACGCAUGAACUUGGAUGUAGUGCAACCAGCUGCUUUCAUUUCUCCCACUUAAUGGCAGCAUGUAUCGAUUUAUUUGACAUGCCUUGUUCGAUCCUAACAAAUGAGUAUAUUGGGUCCUUCAGACGUCACUUGCUGAGAAGAACAUAGAGCUCAAAUCAAGAUCAUGUGGAAAUAGCUCCUCCAGCGAAUGAUCCAAAUAGCUUAAUCAAAAUGCAGGCACAGUCAGCGGCCCGAGACCAUGUUUCGGUCGAAAUUUCUCAUACUGAAGAUGACAUCGUGUCUUCCAUUCAGGGAAAGAUGGAGGUCAUUUCAUCCUCAAUCAAUAUCCGCAGAGUGCCCGAGCGACUGCGCGGGGAAUAUAGCAGGCACUACCUCCCGCAAUUGGUCUCUAUCGGACCUUAUCACCGAGGCAAACUGACUUCCAUGGAUGAUCACAAGUGGCGCUACUUAUUUACACUCCUAAACCGAAACCCCGACAUAGGAUUGACCUUGGACAAGUGUGUGAAAUCGCUCCGAGAGUUGGAGCACCGAGCGCGUCGGUCCUAUGAAGGAGAUAUAAACCUCUCCAGCAACGACUUCAUUGAAAUGAUGCUUGUCGACGGUUGUUUUAUCCUUGAACUCUUCAUCAAGUGCUCGAACCGGAGCCUCCGACGUAGGAAUGAUUCUCUCUUUUGCACUCCGGGGAAGCUGUAUGACUUGAGGUGCGAUCUGGUGCUGCUGGAAAAUCAGAUUCCUCUGUUCGUUCUUCAGCGAUUGUUUCAGAUCGUGCCGAUUCCGAAACAGUGCACACAUUCCCUGUACGAUCUUGCCUUUCGGUUCUUCAAGAGUAUGAUCCCCGGAGAACAGGAAUAUCUCCGAGAAAAGCUCAACGAAGAAGCUCAUCAUUUGCUCGACUUAAUCCACAACUGUUUGAUACCAGCGAAUUACACGAAGAAAGAUGCACCGACACGAAAUGGUCUGGAUAAGCAUGCAGUCGAACUUCAAGUUGCCGGAAUCAAGUUCAAAAGAUUGGUGACUAGAAGCGUGUUAGACGUCGAAUUUAGCAAAGGUGUCCUCUAUGUCCCGGCUCUGAGAAUCAAUCCGAGCACGGUGAUCCUUUUGAGGAACCUAAUCGCCCUCGAGCAAAGUCGGUGCGUUGACACGCCAUGCGUGACUUCUUAUGCUAAUCUCAUUCACAAACUAAUGUCCUCGGAGAAGGACGAGAAGCUGUUCUGCGAACAACGCAUAGUAUCAAACCACUUGGACGGCGACGCGAAGGUUUUCCAACUGUUUGGCGAUCUGUGCAAGGGUCUGAUCUUACAGGAUUAUCACUACGAAGAACUCUGCGUACAGAUGAAAGAGUACAUCGACAGGAAAAAGCGCAGGACAUCGAAGUGCAACCAGAAGACUGAUCAACAAGCAAGUAAGCAGAGCACACUCAUCGUCCUGGUCAUCAUCGUCCUAAUCAUGAUAUUCAUCGGGACGCUGUUCUCUGCAUUGUCAUUCUUCCUCCACCAUAACUAGCACACCCAUGGACGCGAAUGAGCCGCUUUGUCGUCGCAUUAUGUUAGCUCCUCUUUUUCUUUCAUGGGUUUGAGUUUCUGUUGCUUUACGCACAAGUAAAGUGUCGGAGCGAAUGUUGCACAUCCGGGUCUUGAAAGUUUCACGAUCAGAAAGAUGGAUCGAUAUAAACAGCGAACAACGUCGUCGCGAGUUCAUUGUCUA